CCGCUUCCUCCUCCGCCUCCUGCGGGUCCGGGCGGGGACGGGGCUCGGGGCUCCGGGACCGCAGCCUUAGUCGCAGCAUCGUGACUUUUCCAUCAUGUCAGAACCCAUCACGCUCAAUGUUGGAGGAAAGCUUUAUACCACCUCUCUGUCCACCUUGACUAGCUUUCCAGACUCCAUGCUGGGGGCCAUGUUUAGUGGGAAGAUGCCAACCAAGAAGGACAGCCAAGGCAACUGCUUUAUUGACAGAGAUGGAAAAAUCUUCCGCUAUAUCCUGAACUUCUUGAGAACUUCUCACUUGGAUCUCCCUGAAGACUUUCAGGAAAUGGGCUUACUUCGACGGGAGGCAGAUUUCUAUCAAAUUCAGCCUCUGAUUGAAGCCUUGCAGGAGAAAGAGGUGGAGCUUUCUAAAGCAGAGAAGAAUGCCAUGCUCAACAUCAGCCUCGAUCAGAAGACCCAGACUGUUCACUUCACCGUUCGAGAAGCACCCCAGAUUUACAGCCUGUCUUCCUCCAACAUGGAAGUGUUCAGUGCUCAUAUCUUCUCCACUUCGUGUUUGUUCCUGAAGCUUCUUGGUUCCAAACUUUAUUAUUGCUUCAACGGAAACCUCUCUUCAAUAUCCAGCUACCUGCAGGACCCCAACCAUUUGACCUUAGAUUGGGUUGCAAGUGUGGAAGGUCUUCCCGAAGAGGAGUACACGAAGCAGAACUUAAAGAGACUCUGGGUGGUGCCAGAUAAUAAGCAAAUCAAUAGUUUCCAGGUAUUUGUGGAAGAAAUGCUAAAAAUAGCUGUCAGUGAUGGUUUCUGCAUAGAUUCUUCUCAUCCACAUACUUCAGAUUUCAUGAAUAAUAAGAUUAUUCGCCUAAUUCGAUACAAGUAGGAAUGUUUUUUUCUUACGAUGCCAUCAUGGAGAUAACACAGGUUAAGUGUUUCCCUUUAAAACACACACUUACAGCCUAAUUCAGAAUCAUGCUUACCUGGAUUAAGAGUCACUAACAGGGAGAUGAUUUUCCUUUAAUGUAUUUACCGAUACAGUCUUUCAGAAUAUGUCUAUAUUCUAAAUAGAAGGAAUAUUGUCUAGCACCUGAAUUAAGGAUUGGUUCUGUCUCAGCCUCCACCUCUAACCUGCCAUACAACUGUGGGGAAAACCACUUAUCUUCUUACUACAUUUUCCAGAUGAAAAAUGGGAAUGAUCCUUAACCUGUAAUGUAGGGAAUGCUCAGUUAUCAGGGUUUGGAAAGUGUCUGGAGAUCAGAUGUGGCAAAGGAAGCCCGGAGACAUAGUGAGAUCAGCUGUACAGAAGGAAGCCACGGAGUCACAGUGCAGCAGAAAACAGUUCAGAAAGGCACAUUUUCCUUGUCUUUGCCAUGUAACCCGGGCAGAGGACCCAAGAAGCUUCUUUUGAUUCGUGGAGAAGCCGCCUCUCCACAUGGACACGUUGAAUCUAGAUGUAAAAGAAGGUGCACAUUGCCAGCGAGUAGAGGAUCCUGUCUGUUCUGUCGCCAUCUGAAGAUGACUUAGUUUUUUCUCCUGAACCGUGUGAGGAAACCACUGCUGUGUUCUGCUUUCAGGGAAGCCAUGGUUGAAUGAUGUGACUGACUCUGGGAACAACCAAGAAAGCCGUAACAGAGAGAAAGAUGUCUUUACAAACUGACAAGAUUGUGUCUGUUGGAGAACCUUGCUUUGGAUGCUCUUACACCUUGACAUUUUCAUUCCAAAGGCAUCCAAGACAACUAUUCCUUUUCUUUCUCUUACAAUGCUGUAUUUAUCUCGAAGAUGCUCCCAGAAACACUCUCUGAGGUGAUGACAGCUUUAGAGGGAAGACGUCCCCAAAUAUCGUCUGAAGGGUUGGGUUUCUUCUGACUGGACAUGACCUUCCCUUGGGAAGUCUCCCUUCAGCAGUGUCUGGGGCUUAUGGGAUGGCUUUUGGGUAGGAUGGAUUCCAUCUGAAAGGACUACUUUUCCAUCAUCGUCUCUACUACUUUUAAUUACAAAACUAGAGGCUCAGUUUUUCUACCUCUAUACACUGAGCCAUUUUUUUAUACCACUGUGAAAUGUCAGACUGCUAAAGGCACCAUUUUACCUUCUCGCUUGGCUUUAGUGUCCAGUCGUCAGAGAGAUAAGGCAGUGGGAAACAAAGGGUGAUGACAAUGGUCAAGCCCUUUCCUAAAAGCCUGAUCCUUGCUAUGGUGAAGAUCAUAGUCCCCUAGCUGCGUGUUAGCUCUAGAUGCCACUUUUGCCACAUUCAAGGUGGUUCAUUCUUCAGCUAACUAUUUUUAAGAGUAUCUUAGCUGUCUUUCCCUAGUCAGAUCUCUACGCAUGCAUGAGAGACCCUCCAGAACUUUUCCCAUUCCCUCACGUGAGAUAGAAGGGAAACUGCAAUAACCAACUUUAGUGUUUAUAAUUUUAUUGCUUCUUAGCACAGAGGUACAAAGCUCAAUAUUGCUCUUGUUCUUUCUUUUCCCGGAGCAGGUAGGCUGUUGUUACGUUAAGCUGAUCCAUGAGGAGCAAAAAAAAAACCUCAUUAAUAUUGUUCUAAAAAAACUGUGAGAUAAAUGUAUUCCCACUGUCCCAAGCUGUAUUGCAUGAAUAACACAAAUCAGCAUGCUGAUGGUAAAAGUGUUCACUCUGUAGCUAUUGGCAGCCUGUUAUAAAUCUCCUUCCCUGUCUGCCUCGGUGCAAGACUCACCAGCAGGAUGGUGGAAAUGAGACCAUGUUGUUAGGCCGUACUGACUGGGACUGAAGUCCAAAGAACCAUUAAGCCACUUCUUGUGAAUUUUGAGGAUUAGAAGCAGAAUGCUGUGGCCAAAUUUCAACUUUUCUGCCUUCAGUUGCAUUAGGAAGAACUCUCUUUUUCCUGUUCCUGUCCUGAAUUAUGAAGCAGGAGUAACAUACUCCAGAAGAUGCGGCGUGCCAUUGACAAAGCAGAGCAACACAGAUGUGAAUCCUGUUUCUGCUGAGAGAUUGCCAGUCAGUUGGACAUUCAUAGUUAUCAUCUAUGCAGAUGCCAUUAUUAUGAUCUGUAAAAUACCAUUCGUGAACUCUCUUUUAUCAAAUCUAUGCCUUCAAACAGAUAUGCCUCUGCUGAACUUAUGAUAAAAGCUUUGGGGGGAUGUCAAUGGUAAUAUUUUUUUUUAACACAAGCCUUUGAGAGUAUUUUUUAAAUGAUUUGUAACAGCAGCUUUUGAAUGUCAGGACUAAAUGAAUAAUUAUCUGUAAUAACUAGUUUGCUCUUAGCUUGAGUUUAUCCAGGGGCAAGAGCAGUGGGCUUAAAAGGGGAGGAAGUCUGUUCCAGAAUUCUUGAACCCAUCAGCUUAUUACACAAACAAUGGACCACUUGAAUCCACGUUUGUCUGUGCUCAGGUCACUAAAAUAGGCAAAGGUAUUACCGACUACAAAUCUCUGUCAUUUAUUAAUAUGCAGAGAGAUGCAGAAUUUCCAGCCAGUGUAAAGACACCAAUGAAAACAGGCCUUGGGAGGAAUAGAAGAGCUUCAAAUACUUCUUUUUGUUGAGGAGGAUAAAUGUCUUUGAGAAUGA